CGGCCCAACCGGGUGGAACAAACCCUAGCUCGUUCGAAACCCUAAACCCAGGAACUUCUCCAGCGGUAAUCUUCUUCCAUACCGGUCUUCCUGUAUAUCAUCGUCUUGAUUGAAGUUUACGGGUUUCGCAUUCCGAAGGAAUCGGUCGAUUGCUUCCAUAAUUCGGCUGGCAAAGAAAUCCCUCUUUGCCGGCGUUGCCGUGAGAUAAUGCGAGAGAAGUAGUCGAGGAUCCAAACCGCUGGAUGGGACGGUGGAGCACUGACUUCUGAUUCCCACCGUAGGCAUUGGAGGCGCCUACCGUUGCUGUUUCGGGAUGCCGGUCGAGCAGGAUAAGGACCUGGAGGUCCUCCCCAGCAAUGGCGAGGAUUUGGUGGAGGGACCCAUCAGAUGCCUUAACUGUGGCAUCAGUGCAAAAUUGACAUGCCACAUGCGUAGUGGCCCAGAGGGACGUCGAACUUUAUGCAAUGCAUGUGGAAUUGCAUGGAGAAAGGGGAAACAGAGAAAGGUAAUUGACUACAAUGUUCCAAUGAAGGACCUAGCGAACUCAAAUACGGUACCAGAAGUUGAUAUGGAAUUCGAAAAUGAAGACAAGGCAUAUGAAUUUUACAACAGAUAUGCGGGGAUGGUAGGAUUUAGUGUACGAAAAGGUUGGAUAGAUAAAUCAGCAGACAAAAUUACUAGAUCGAGAACACUUGUUUGCUCACGAGAAGGAUUUCGUAAGGACAAAAAGGGAGCUAAGGAAGUAAAGAAACCACGUCCGGAAACUAGAAUUGGUUGCCCUGCACGCUUGACCAUUAAACUUACACCGAGUGGUACAUAUCAUGUUACUGAAUUCGUGGCAGACCAUAAUCAUCAGCCUGCACCUCCUUCCGCCAUGCACAUGCUAAGGUCUCAAAGGAUACUGACUGAAGUUCAAACUGUUGAAGCAGCAGAUUUAUCUGAUGAUUCAGGAACCACUCCAAAGUCAGCUAACCACCUAACAGGCAGACAAGUUUCAGGCUCUCAAAAUGUCAGAUAUCUUCCCAUGGAUUACAGAAUGGGUCUUCGCUCAAAACGUAUGAAGACUAUGCAGAUGGGAGAUGCAGAAGCUGUUUUAAAGUACCUACAAAGCAUGCAACUUAAUGAUCCGUCCUUUUUUCAUUCCACACAAAUAGAUGAAGAUGAUAGAUUGACCAAUUUUUUCUGGGCAGAUGCAAAGUCUAUGUUGGACUUCAACUUCUUCGGCGAUGUAGUUUGUCUAGAUACAACUUACAGAGUAAAUGGAUAUGGUAGGCCAUUUGCACCUUUCCUUGGCGUGAAUCACCACAAGCAAAUUGUUACAUUUGGUGCAGCACUUCUGUAUGAUGAAACUAUAGAGUCCUUCAAGUGGUUGUUUGAUACUUUUAAGAUUGCAAUGCGUGGAAGACAACCAAAGACUAUCUUGACAGACCAGUCUACAUCAAUAAGUCAUGCACUAGAUGCAGUUUGGCCAGGUACCAGUCACCAUCUUUGUGUGUGGCAAGUCUAUCAAAAUGCUAUUAAGCAUCUCAAUCAUGUGUUCCAAAGUUCAAAAACUUUUGCUAAGGAUUUUGCUAGGUGUGUUUAUGACUACGAGGAUGAGGAAGAAUUAUUACCAGCCUGGCAAGAAAUGUUAGAAAAGUAUGAUCUUAGGAACAACGAAUGGCUGGCAAAGCUUUUCGAAGAAAGGGAGAAAUGGGCGCUCGUAUACAGCCGUCAAACACUUUGUGCUGAUAUGAAAAGCACGCUGCAGAAUGAGAACUUUAGUAGUUUGCUGAAGAAGUACUUGACAUCACAACUAGAUCUUUCAUCCUUUUUUAAGCACUAUGAGAGGGUGGUGGAUGACCAUAGGUAUGCUGAACUCCAAGCUGAUUUUCAUGCAAGCCAAAGUUUUCCAAGAAUACCUCCUUCAAAAAUGUUAAAGCAAGCUGCUUCUUUGUAUACUCCUGCAGUUUUUGAAAUGUUUCGUAAGGAGUUUGAGGUAUUCAUGGAUUGCAUGCUGUACAGCUAUGGUGAGGUUGGGACUAUAUCAGAUUAUAAAAUCACUGUUGGUGAAAAACCUAAAGAGUAUUUUGUUAGACUUGACUCGAGUGAUUAUUCUGUUGCCUGCAGUUGCAAGAAAUUUGAAUUUGUUGGGGUUCAAUGUGGUCAUGUGAUAAAGGUCCUUGAUGUUAGAAAUAUUAAAGAGCUGCCUGAACGAUAUUUCUUGAAGAGGUGGAGAAGGAAUGCCAAGUCUGAUACAGGGUCAGAGCCUGGAGGAAUUAUUGUUGAUGUUGACCCUAAGUCUCCCAUAACAACUUCAGCACACGUGCAUUUAUCUUCAUAUGCUCAUAAUCAGGGAUCUCAUGCAGCAGCUCAAAUUAGUGAGGGAUAUACAACUCCGAAUGCGCGUUCACAUGAACCAGUUUAUGGUAGUUUACAGUUUAACCACUACAGCAACAACAACCGGGUAUAAUUCUCAACACCGGAUUGAUGAUGAGGCAUUCUAUUGCUAAAUGAAGGCAUCAAGUGAUUGUGGUUAUAUAUGGAAGGUUAUCAGCUUCAUAUCUAACCAAUGAGAGCAGUUCUUUAUGCCAAUCAACCUUUUCUAG